AUGCAUGUAUCAAAUGUUUCCUUAAAUUCCAAUAAUAAUUCUUCGAAAGUUUAUUUAACUUGUGAACAAAUUGAAAAAUUGAAACAUGUCUUAGAUCGUCCAAUUCCAGUUUGUUCAUCAUCACCAUCAACAUUUCCAACAUUAAACUUAACACCACGAUACUUUCUUCGACAAGUUUUAUGGAAAUUAAAAGAGAAUUCCAUCGACAUUUCCUCGAUACGUUUAAAUGGCGGUGCUGCAUCCUAUGUUCUUGUAAAUGAUCCCAAAUUUGCUUAUCGCGACAUCGACAUUCUCAUCUAUAUCAACACUCCUCUAUCUUCCGAACAAAAAACAAGCUUAUUUUCAUCGAAUAACGAAGCCUACUCAUGUGAUGUUUGGACGAUUAUCAAAUAUAUCAUUUGUUCAUGUCUAAUUGAACACAUUGCCAGUACGACGUCUUCGAGCCAACAAUAUACGCAUCAUUAUUUAUCCACUGUUCUCGACACAUACACGAAUAAGAAUAUUAAGAUCUCCUCGAAGCAAGAUUCAUGGGCAUUGUUAUCGUUACAGAAUAACUGCGGACAAAAUCUUGAAUUGAAAUUCGUCGAGCAUAUCAAACGCCAGUGGCAAUUCAGCGUUGAUUCAUUUCAAAUUAAUCUCGAAUCCUUACUGUACGAAAAGCACGGUAGUCAGCAGUCGAACCGUCAGUUAUCGAACGGAUACAAAUGUCCAUCGAUCUCGUCAAUAACCAAAACAAUCAAAACGAAAAGUUUAGUUAUCGAUGCAAUCAAUGGCUUGACGAUCAUUAAGAAAGAAUCCGACGAACAAGAUGAUUUGAACGAGACGAAAUCGAAUAAUGAAAAAGUCAAUCUACAGUUAACAAGUACAAGUCCGUUACAAUUUGGAUUCUUCACACCAUCAUCAUCACCACCGGAUACCAUUGAAGAGGAAAGUAAUCGAGAAUUUCAAACGCUUGCAACAAUUACAACAAUCGCUACUUUGAAUAAUCAUACUGCAACUCAUGAAUCUCGUUCACGCCUAUCGAAAUCAUCCGUCUCAACACUGAAUGAUGAUUCUAUAGACUCCACACUACAAUUUCAUCUUUCGUUGAAUGAUGAUAUUGACGAUGGUAUCGUUUGUGAUGCUGACGAUUCAGCCAAUGAAGAUGACGAUCAAGUCUUUCGUACACCAGUUGAUGCCAACAGUACACCAUCAAGUCCAGCAACGAUUACUGCAACCGAUAUGCCAUCAUCAUUGUCAUCAUCAUCAUCAUCUUCUUCUGCCUCUUCAUCUCACAUCGAAGUCUAUUCAGUCUACAUAGAUGUACAUCAAGCACUCGAUCAUUUGUAUAACAAACUAAUUGCAACUAUUGCACCAGAAACCAUGCGUGGUGGAGGCCUGUUGAAAUACUGUUAUCUAUUAGCACAAAACUAUAAAGUGCACGAUCAAGCAGAUAUGUUACGUAUGCAGUUGUACAUGUGCUCAAGAUUUUUUAUUGAUUAUAAAAGUAUACCUGAACAAAUCCAUGUUAUCACAUUGUAUGUUUCCACACAUAUUUUGUUGAUACCAAUUGCAAACUAUGAACAGUCAAUGAAUUCUUCGACCCAACGUCGAACUCAAAAUUCCAAAUCAUCCGAGGAUCAAAACACAGUGGAUAGUGUUCGCCUUUGUCUACUAUUUUUCGAUCAUCUAUCAACAGUUAUCCGGCAGAGUACAGUAUGCUUGACACAUCACGAUAAAGAAGCAACUCUAAUGAUGAUCGAACAAUUGAAACAUUGUUACCAUUACAAUUAUGAACAUCUAUUCGCUGGUGAUACUUAUCAUCAACAACGGUAUCAUUCGUAUCAGAAUCACAACUAUCAUCAUCAACAUCGUCACGUGCAACAUUGUUCCAGUUCAUCAUCGAAUUCCAGUCGAUCUUCAUCACCGUCGAGUUCAUCAUCGAACUCGUACAAAUUCUUUCGCCACAAUAACAACCAGCGAUAUCAGAAUUCUCAUCAUCGACAUCAUAAUAAUCAACGAACAGCAACUUCGUACCAUCCUACGACUCGAUCCUAUUCCAAUCAAUUUCAAUCGAAUCAACUACCUCUAAGCAAUCAUUAUCAACAACGUCGACAUCAAUUGUGA